UUGAUAGAUGUCAACUUUUCGGUGAAAAAGGAAUUCCGUAUUAUUGCAAAAUAAUUAAUAAAUUCAAGAAUUUUUUUAGUUUUGGAAGUAAUAAAUCAUUAAAUGCGAUGAUUCGAGAAGAUGAUCCUCAGUUUCGUAUUACUCCGUUUCAACAAAUGGCUUCAGCAUGUUCCGGUGCCCUUAUAACCUCAUUAUUUAUGACACCUCUAGAUGUUGUUAAAAUAAGAUUACAAGCUCAGCAAAAGGCACUGUUGUCAAACAAAUGUUACCUGUACUGCAAUGGACUUAUGGAGCACCUUUGCCCUUGCGGCGAGACUGCGUGGAUUCCCCGACGAGUGCACUUCCAUGGUACAAUGGAUGCUUUCUACAAAAUAGCAAAAUUGGAAGGUGUGCCCGCAUUGUGGUCUGGUUUAAGCCCAACUUUAGUUUUGGCUCUGCCAUGCACUGUUAUUUACUUUGUAUCUUAUGAACAACUCAGAUACAGAAUGAAAACGUUUUACAACCAAAUGUCCGGAGACCUGUCUCAACCAAUGUGGAUACCCUUGAUAGCGGGGGCUACAGCCAGAAUGACAGCUGUGACUAUAGUCAGUCCAUUGGAAUUGAUUAGGACAAAAAUGCAGUCAAAGAACUUAACAUAUGCUGAAAUAACAUCUGCAUUGCGAGACGUAAUAAAAUAUGAAGGUCUUAGAGGUCUGUUUCGUGGAUUAGGAUCAACGCUUUUAAGGGAUGUACCAUUCUCAGGACUUUAUUGGACAACGUUUGAAUCAACAAAGAGAGUAUUUAAUAGGCCAGACUCUGAGAAGAACACAUUUUUAUUCAAUUUCUUCUGUGGAUCUGUUGCUGGCAGUAUUGCUGCAUUUGUGACUUUGCCAUUUGAUGUCGUCAAAACCCAUCAGCAAAUAGAGCUAGGUGAAAAAGAAAUUUAUACAGAUGGAAAGGUUCAACAGCGGGCUUCUAAUAUGCAGGAUAUUGCUAGAACCAUAUACCGUAAUCAUGGAGUAAAAGGAUUGUUCACGGGCUUACUACCUCGAAUAUUCAAGGUUGCCCCUGCAUGCGCGAUCAUGAUUGCCACAUUUGAAUAUGGGAAACAGUUCUUCCAAAAGUACAACACACAGAAAUAUAAGGAGAAAAUGCAAAGACAAGGAAUAGAAAUAGAAAUUAUUAAAAGCGAAUAGUUGUAUGUCCUUGCGCUCCUGAAGGCACCAAGAUAUUGUGUUGAUAGGAAAGACUAACAGUAGUGACUACUCAUGAUUCAAUAGUUCAGAAGCAAGAAAUGAACCAAGAAAAUGAAUGAUCAAAUAAUAUUAUUGUGAUAAAACUAGCAUAGCUAAUAGUCAAUACAGGAUGUUAUGCUUGCAAUUGAGAAUAAUGCAUAGAAACAUCUGUAAAUUGUUACCAAAUGAACUCUUAACUAACAAAAUAUAGGCAAUUCUGCAAUCAUGUUAGGAUUUAUUUAUAUUCAUUUUGUGAUAUUGUAGGAUAACAUUUCAGGCAUAAAAUAGCUUUUGAAAGUACUGUAUUUAUGUAGUACUUCUUACACAGCUAGUUCGGACCUGAAUACUGAUGAGUUUGUAUAUUAGUAUUUUAGACUAUAGUAGCAAAUUCUAGCUUAUAACAAUAAAACUGUUGUAUUUGUGCAUAAUGCCUAUUUAACAUGAUGUUAUUAGAUAUAUGGGUUAGUUUUGAUGAGU